AAAUUCAUUCUCGAUUUAUUUCUCCUUGGACUUGGACCAGUUUCUUCCAAGCUCACCCCGAACCCCAGUUGGUGGAGCCGUUCGGAGUGCGCCGUGUGCAGUGUCUGUGUAUACCUUCCCGACCGCCCGAGUGCGCUUCAGUUUGUUGCCUUUUCCCGACCGCCAGUGACGGUGACUGCGAGUGCGAGUGCAAAGCCCCGCCACGAGUAUUGGCCCUACACUGGUGUGUGCGAGCGCACGUGAAAGAGUUUCAGACUAUUUUAGCAUAAACAUUUUGUGACAGUGAAACAAGAAAAAAGGAAACACAGAAAAAACGACCUACAAAAAAACAAUUCAGAGUGCAUCGUGUGCAUCCCCGCGAGUGAAACAGACCGCGAACGGUGUGUUUUUGUUGCGAAAAAAAGAAGCAAAACUCAAGUGCAGUGAAAACAGUUGCAACAUUCUUGCAACCAUUCGGAAAAACGGUACAUUCUGUGAGUGUGUUUGUGAGUGUGUGAGUGUGUGAGACUAAUCGGAGCUCAACCAUGUGGAAGCUGGUGACGCUGCUGGCGGUGCUGUUCGCGUUCGAGGCCAGUUUUGCAAAAGAAUCCAUCCCAUCGCUGAUCGAUACAGACACGCUCGGCACUGACGGUACGUCCAGCCGGCAGAGCAAAGCGGUAUCGAGCCACUGCCCACGGUCCUGCCCGGUACAGAGCUCCCCGCAGGAGCCCGUCUGCGGUAGCGAUGGACUGAUCUACGCCAACCUGUGCGAGAUGAAGAAGAAGACAUGUACGAAGGCAGCGCCGAACGCGGUCACCGAGGAUAAGGCGGGCUGCGAGCGAUCGAAGGGAUCGCCUUGCAACCAUCGCUGUCCGACGGAGAAGGAUCUGGUGUGCGGAACGGACGGACGUACCUAUCUGAACCGGUGCAUGCUGCGCGUGCAGGCUUGCCGCGUCGGCACGGCAGCCGUCUCGCUGGCUCACGUUGGUCCGUGUGCGAACGGAAGCGUCAUACGCGAGUCGUGUCCUGUUGAUUGUAAUAGUGCUCCCCAGGACGGACCCGUGUGUGCAUCGGACGGUAACGUGUACAACUCAACCUGCCAGAUGAAGCUGAUCACCUGCGGACAGGGUGUGGUUCGAACGAGUCGCAAACACUGCCAAAGCACCAGGAACUGCCGUGAGUCGUGCUGGCGUGUAGCACGCCCAACCUGCGGUUCGGAUGGCCGUCUGUACGCUAGCGCGUGUAAGAUGCGUGCCUCCAACUGUGGCAAGCACGUGUUCGAGGUCCCCAUUUCCUACUGUAUGUCGCAGGAGCGUGCCGGUGGUAGUUCGCACAGUGCCAGCAACAAGAUUGAAGAUUGCCCAACCGAAUGCCCGAAGGAUGCCCAGCAGAUGAUCUGCGGUAGCGAUGGUAACAUCUACACCUCGAUGUGUGAACUGAAGAUGCUGAACUGCGGGCAAAAGAAGAAAAUCCAGGCUUUGACGCUGGACCGCUGCAAGCAGAAGAUGAACCGUUGCAAGUCCCUACCAGCCUGCAAGCAGCACUCCAAGAAUGGUGCCACGUUCUUUGGUGAUCAGAAGGAUAUGCUGUGUGGUACCGACUCCAAGACAUACAACAAUGAGUGUGAACUGGCCCGAGCAACGUGUCUACGUGGCGUACAGUUAGCACAUAUUGGACCCUGCACACAGCUGAAAUCGAAGGUGGACGUGACGGACUGCAGCAGCUGUACGUACGACGAGGAACAGACCGGCCCUAUCUGUGGUUCGGACGGUAACACCUACAAAUCGCGCUGCGAAAUGAAACAAAAGACGUGCGGCCUGCGGGUAGUCCCCGUUUCGCUGAAGAACUGUGCCACCACCGCAUUGUGCGAGGCCAACUGUGAGCAGCAGCCGACGAACUACGUGUGCGGAUCGGACAACAAGCUCUACCCUAACGAGUGCCACAUGCGACGGGAAAACUGCGGCCGCCACAUGUUCCUGGUGCCGAUGAAGCGCUGCCUGGCCGCGUUCUCGUUCAAGGGCUGCUCUAAGAUCUGCCCGCAGGAGUUCGAACCGGUGUGCGGUACCGACGGCAAGACGUACUCGAACGAGUGUUUCCUCAGCAUCGAAAACUGCCGAUCGCGAUCGAUGGUGCAGAAAAAGCACGUUGGCCCGUGCGGACGACCAGAGGAGCCCUCGCACAACUAUCUGUAUUAAAAAACAGUUCUCAGUUUCCUACUCACCUCCUUUCCAUAUCUCUCCUUCCACUAUCCUACUAUCACUGCCAGCAAGCGUCAACACUUUGUCUUACCUAUGGCGAUGAGAAAAGAGGAUCUUCUCUCGACCGUGCCGCUUCUUCCACUACACAGUGUUAGUUUGUAAGGAUAUGCCCUACGUUAGAAUUAGAGUAACUAAACAACUCCUACCCCUACGUCCAACAACUUCCCUGCCCCUGCCCCUGCCCCUGGAUUCAUCCAAUGUAGCAUGUAAUUUGUAGUUAAGUUAACUUAAAUCGGAUCGAACAAACAAAAACGGAAUGGCUCACGUGACAGACACUUUCCCUUUAGGAGGGAUCAUCGUGCAGGGAACUUUAACGUUGUUUAUACUUACUAUCUCCUCUCUCUCUCUCCCUCUCUCUCAUCGCAAGACGUAUACAUCUAACGAGACUAAACCGCAACAAGCCUUCUAGCAAGAUUAGUGCUGCCACACUUUUUCGACGACUUUUUACAUCCAAAUCCCACCUGAAACCCCGCGUCUGAGCGAUUUGCUCGCGACACCAUGAACUGGAACCAUCCUUUUUACGCUAGAUUAUGGUCAGGUUUUGGAGGGAGAGAGGGGUUAGAGAUACAGUAGUAGUACACACAUCGAAAGCAACAUGCACGUCCCCCCAAAACAGUGUCAUUAUCAACAGGUAUCGCUCCCUGGCUUCCUGUCUAUAGAGUUGACGUGAUUUUAAUGAAGGAAUAAUUUAAACCGCAAGCAACAAAGUAUUCGUUUGUAUAACUUAUUUAAACCAGAAUCGUGCAUGGGAAAUGAAAAACAUGAAAGUAAAAGGAUAGGCAACUUCGUAGAGUUUGUAGUGGCGCUCGAUUUACGAUUUACUAUUCCAUCUGGUAGCUGGUAGCUACACAUCAUGCAAAACGUGAAGCUAGAAGCUAAACAUCGAACGUCAAGUCAGCAAGCGGUUCAGCGCUGCACGGAAGCGACAUUUCAACAAAUGUGUUUUGUUUAUUUUUGCCAAUAAAGAGAAACGAGAAUCGGUAAC